UUCAUUAGUAAAUGAUUUUUCAAUUUUCCACAAACUUUUUUUAAUUUUUGUGGUUAAUUAAUCACUUGAAUAAUGCCCUCAAAUUUAUUUAAACUUCUCUGUCAUCGAUCGGAUGAUAAUUCAUCUGCAAAGCUUAAAUUCCCAAAGCCCUAGACCCCUACUCUACAUCACAUAACACCUACACUUCUUCCUUUGACAAUUAUACCCUUUCCUUCUGUCAUUCCCAAUACACCCUCCCAUGCAAAUCCAAGGGCAUUUUCGUCUUUUCACCCCUCCCUCUCCCAUCAGCCGCUAACCUCCAUGUUUUCAGAGUAGCAUAUAUACAUGCAUGCAUAUCAAAACAUUUCAACAACCAAAAACCAACAUUUCUUAAAUCUUAAAAAAAAAAAAAAAUGGAGGAAAAUUCUAGAGAGAGAAAUAAUCAUGAUCUUGAUUAUGAUGAUGACGUGGAAGAUCAAGAGGUGGAGGAAAGAUCACCAACAUCAUCAGGAGUAGGAGGGUCAAGAUGGAAUCCAACAAAAGAGCAAAUAGAAAUGUUAGAGAGGAUUUACACUAAUGAGGGUGUACGAACACCAAGUGCGGAGCAGAUACAGCAGAUUACAGCUCGGCUUAGAGUGUACGGUCAUAUUGAAGGCAAGAAUGUUUUCUAUUGGUUUCAAAAUCAUAAGGCUAGACAACGUCAGAAACAAAGACAUGAUCGUUUACUUGCUGCUGCUGCUGCUAAUCAUAAUCAUAAUGUUAAUCAGAUUUCUCCUCGUUUUAUUGGUGCACCGCAUCUUCAUUACCACACUAAUCAUGGUGUUAAUAGUGGUGUUAGUCUUAAUACAAGGCCUAUAUUCCCUGCUUCUCAUCCUCCUACUUAUCAUCAUCAUCAUUUUCUUCCUAAUCCUAAUGGUAAGCAUUUUUUUUAUACUAUUGGUUUUUUAUUUUGCUUAAUAUUUUUUUUAAAAAAAAUUGUUUAG